CGACACAGACAGGCUGUCACUCUAUUAGCUGCCGUCAUCCCUAGCAAACGUCUAUGUGUCUUGUCGAAUUAACAUGGAGAAGAAUGUGAAUACGACUUCAGGAGGAAACGCACACGCGGACCGCCGAGUGAAAUCGAGGUAGUGCAAAGCUCUGAAGACGAGAACCUCCCCAAAACACUCCAUUUUAAUACAUACCUCCAUCACAAUGAAGAUCCCAAAGCUGGCCAUCGUCUUCCUGCUGGCGGUCUGCCUCGUGGUUUACCUCACCUACGUGAAACGCCGCUUUGAGAACAGGAAGCCCUUAAUCGAGGAGCUUUACAGAACAGAGCUCCACAAGAGGCCGACAUCGCCUGAGGUGGUCCGUGAAAUAUUCCGCUAUGGCAUCAUGUUCGACGCCGGAAGCACCGGGACAAGAAUACACGUCUUCCAGUUUCAACUGGAACCCAAUGGAGCUCCAAAAUUGGGCUCGGAGAAGUUUAAAGCAUUAAAACCAGGAUUAUCUGCAUACGCCGACGAUCCCGAAAAGUGUAAAUCAGGGCUGUUGGAGCUGUUGGAGGUGGCGAAGGAGACCAUACCCCCUGCACAGUGGUCCUCCACCCCUCUGGCCCUGCGAGCCACAGCAGGACUUCGGCUGCUCCCGGGGGAAAAAGCAAGCCAUCUCCUUAACAAGGUGAAAGAGGUGUUUGAUGCGUCUUUGUUCCCUCAAAGAGCCGACAGCGUAUCAAUCAUGGACGGUACAGAUGAAGGGGUCUCUGCUUGGAUCACUGUCAACUUUUUAUUAGGUGGUCUUCAAGGAUCUGAAGUUCCCACAGUGGGCAUGUUGGAUCUGGGAGGUGGCUCGACACAGAUCACUUUCUCGCCACAGGACGAGAAAACCAUCCAGACCUCGCCAAUCGACUACGUGACGUCGUUUCAGAUGUUCAACACGAGCCGAACCCUCUAUUCACACAGCUACCUGGGACUUGGUUUAAUGUCUGCCAGACUGGCAGUGUUGGGAGGGGUUGAAGGACAGCCUGUAGGGGGCGGUCAGGAGCUGGUGAGUCCGUGUCUGGCUCCAGACUACACCGGAGAGUGGGAGCAUGCAGAGGUCACCUACACCCUAAAGGGCCAGAAAGCAGGAGAGCCCAUCUAUGAGUCAUGCUUGAGCAAAGUAGAGAAGAUGAUCUACAAAAGGGUACAGAAAGCAGAAGAGGUGAAAGAUAUGGAGUUCUAUGCGUUCUCUUAUUACUACGAUCGUGCUGUGGACCUGGGCCUCGUCGAUGAGAAGAAGGGAGGCUCACUUCGAGUAAGCAACUAUGUGGAUGGUGCCAAAUCAGUGUGUAAGAACCUGGAAACGGGCGCAGGAGAAAACCCUUUUCUCUGUCUGGACCUUACCUACAUCUCAGUGCUGCUGCAGGAGCUCGGCUUCCCCCUGGACAAGGAGCUGAAGCUGGCUAGAAAAAUUAACGAUGUGGAGACGAGCUGGGCUUUAGGAGCCACCUUCUACUACAUGGAAUCUCUCAGCAAACACUAACCAGGUCCAGCUUUCAUGUUCACAGACUCCAAGGUUAGGAACCAUGAUGACCUGAGAACAAAUCAGACGCCUGACACGAAGAGCGCCGAUGUAGGAUCAGCUCGUUUAAACCUGUAAAGGAACAGCUGAUCCCAGAUCAGCACUCAGUGGGAAUAUGAACACCAUGCCAACUUUGUUUACAUGCACACAACAGCCGUUAACUGAUGCUUUAAAAAAAAAAAAAAAGUGUGGGCGGGCAUUUUAUUUUUAUGAUGUAAAACACCCCUACAUACAGUACACGCCCUUUUUUUGUAUG